AUGGCCCAGAUGCAUGCGCUGGCGGGGACGGCGGCGGUGGCCGUGCUGGGCCCGCUGCUCUGGGGCUGCGGCCUGGCGCUGCAGGGCGGGAUGCUGUACCCCCGGGAGAGCCCGUCGCGGGAGCGCAAGGAACUCGGUGGCCUUUGGAGCUUCCGCGCCGACUUCUCCGCCAACCGGCGCCAGGGCUUCGAGCAGCAGUGGUACCAGCGGCCGCUGCGGGAGUUGGGCCCCACGCUGGACAUGCCUGUCCCCGCCAGCUUCAACGACGUGACCCAGGACGGGCAGCUGCGUGGCUUUAUCGGCUGGGUGUGGUACGAGCGGGAGGUGACCUUGCCCCAGCGGUGGACCCAGGACCUGGGCACACGCGUGGUCCUGAGGAUUGGCAGCGCCCACUACUAUGCCAUUGUGUGGGUGAAUGGGGUGCAUGUGGCCGAGCAUGAGGGGGGCCACCUUCCCUUUGAGGCCGACAUCAGCAAGCUGGUGCAGGCCGGGCCCCAGGAGUCCUGCCGGGUCACCAUCGCCAUCAACAACACGCUCAGCCUGACCACCUUGCCGCCCGGCACCAUUCAGUACAAGACAGACCCCUCCAAGUACCCCAAGGGCUACUUUGUCCAGAACAUAGCCUUUGACUUCUUCAACUAUGCCGGACUGCACCGGCCAGUGCUCCUCUAUACCACGCCCACCAUCUACAUCGAUGACAUCACAGUCACUUCCAGCGUGGACCAAGACACUGGGCUGGUGAACUACCAGAUCUCCGUCCAGGGCAGCCAGCACUACCAGCUGCAGACGCGCCUUCUGGAUGCGGAAGGCCAAGUGGUGGCCCAGGGCCCCGGGGCACAGGGCCAGCUGCAGGUGCCCAGCGCCCAUCUCUGGUGGCCAUACCUGAUGCACGACCACCCCGGCUACCUGUACUCCUUGGAGGUGCGGUUGACUGCGCAGGCGCCGACGGGGCCCGUGACCGAUGUGUACACGCUGCCGGUGGGGAUCCGCACGGUGGCCGUCACGGAGCGCCAGUUCCUCAUCAACGGAAAGCCGUUCUAUUUCCACGGGGUCAACAAGCACGAGGAUGCAGACAUCCGCGGGAAGGGCUUCGACUGGUCACUGCUGGUAAAGGACUUCGGCCUGCUGCGCUGGCUGGGCGCCAACUCGACAGUGAUUGCCCACACCAGGGCUCUGGACCCCACGCGGCCCGUGACCUAUGUGACCAACGCCAACUAUGCCACAGACCUGGGGGCCCCGUAUGUGGACGUGAUCUGCAUCAACAGUUACUAUUCGUGGUAUCAUGACUUUGGACACUUGGAAGUGGUUCCCACACAGCUGACCUCCCAGUUUGAGGCCUGGUACAACACCUACCAGAAGCCCAUCAUCCAGAGCGAGUACGGGGCCGACGCCAUCGCAGGGUUCCACCAGGACCCGCCCCUCAUGUUCAGUGAGGAGUACCAGCGGAGCCUCCUGGAGCAGUACCACCUGGUCCUGGACCAGAAGCGCCGCGAGUAUGUGGUGGGCGAACUGAUCUGGAACUUUGCGGACUUCAUGACCGCCCAGUCCCCUUCGAGGAUGCUGGGGAACCGGAAGGGGAUUUUCACUCGCCAGAGACAACCCAAAAGUGCAGCGUUCAUCUUGCGAGAGCGAUACUGGAGGAUUGCCAACGAAACCCUGCUGCCGCCUUUGGCAAGGUCGGCGCAGUGCGUGGGGAACAGCUUGUUUACCCUGUGAAGGCGCGGCCGCUACCCCCGCGCCUCGACUCAGGGACUCCGCGCAGCACGACUACCUGGCGAGGGGCAGCCACUGCGCGUGUGCACGCGUGUACACAGGCGCACGUGUGCACUGAGCCAGGCCUGCCGGGCGGGUCCUGCCCUAGAAGCACUGGGCAUGUUCGCGCUCUGGGUUUGAGGUCACGGCCAGGAAGGGGAAGUGAGAAAAUAAAGGUAUUUCUAGCAGAAA